UCUCUUCUCACCAGACGUGUCAUUCGCUGUGUGGAUGGUACAGGCAGUGCUGUCGGGGUUGGCUCGGAGCUUGAAGCCGAAAGUGGACCGGGGCAGCCAAGAUGGGGAAGAACCAUGGACUCGGAUUGAGGGCCGAAGAGCACAAGGUUCCUUGGUUAAGAUGGUCACAUCGCCUCAGAGCACAAUUUCACCCCUCAGUUUCUUUCUUUAACAUGGAACAUAGUUUCUAUUUCAGAGUAAAAAAAACAUUCGUACUACACCAAGUUCAGCUAAGGCCCAAGACAUUUGGUCUCGUCAAGACUCCAAGACAGCACACUGUCAAGCAAGCAGCAUCCUUCAUAUCCAUCACAGCACAGGCUCCGAUUGCUGCAUCAAGUGGGAUAUACGCAUACUCAAGACCGGCGGCGGCUAUAAACCGGAUAUGGCCAUGUCGACUAGUAGUUACAGGGGCUCCUUAUCGGCUACCCCAGACCCCUCAUCCAAGUCUCACAAAGCGACCGGAGGAGCCUCAUCUUUAUCCUCGCCCUCGCCCUCAUCCUCGAGCCGCAAGAGGAAGCGUAAGAUCAAGAUCGAGACAGAUAACGAAGACGCAAUGCCUGCGCAAGCAGCGGUCAAAGCCCGGUCGGCCAACGCAUGCAACACUUGCCGCAGACGCAAGGUAAAGUGCUCCGGUGAACAGCCGUGUAGGAAUUGUUCGCGAAACAAUUUGGAUUGCGAGUUUGGCGAUGGGCGGAAGCGGUACUCUGAGGCCUACGUGUCAGAGCUGAGGGCCACGUUGUCACGGUACGAAGACCAAAUCAAGGAGCUCGCCAAGCAACCACGCCCACACCCCAGUCCGCAGUUGAGAGGUGUGUCGGCUGCCGUAUCAAAUCCUAGUCCUACAGGCAUUGCGCCUUUUGAACCGACCGGCGAAGUACCGCCUCCAAGUUAUGCAUCCAUAGAGAGCGCACCUGGGCCGCUGUUUGAGCAGCGGUUGCGAAGCCUGUUCCACGAGAACAACGGCAAAGACCGGGAUUCGCCGGAACGAGAUGCCCCCGAGCACCUCGAGAACGAGGACCCGAGAGAUCUCCCCUUCACCCCUGAAUGGACCUCGACGAACGAGUUGAUCAAGGGCAUCCCCCACCAGGCCUUCCCCAAGGAGGCCGAGUCCAACCGGCUGCUGAACCUCUUCAACUCGUACAUGGGCGUCACGCAGCACUUCCUCGACCAGCGGACCUUUACGGACAACAUGACGUUGCUGUUCCAGAGCCAGGCCUCGCGCGCCCGCCAGAUGGACACCCCGUGGUUCACACUCUACUUGCUGGUCAUGGCAAUGGGCAAGCUGAUGGAAGAAGAUCCGCGCGAGGUGCGGGGUCCCCCGGGGGCCUUCUGGUUCGCCGAGGCGAUGAGGAGGCUCCCGCCACUGCACAGCAUCAGCGAGUAUGGCAUCGUCGGUCUGGAGAUCCUCUGCCUGGCGACCACAUAUCUGCAGUGGAACGACAGGAAGAACGAUUCCUAUUUCUUCGUGGGAACAACCGUGCGGCUUGCUCUGACUCUGGGCUGCAACUUGCCCUUCUCAGAGCAAAAGUGUCUCCCCUCAGAAAGAGCACAUCGGAUGCGGGUGUGGUGGACCGUGUACAUGCUCGACCAACGAAUAUCCGCGGGACUUGGGCGUCCGGCUUCGGUCGACGACCGCCACCUUUCCUUCGAUCUCCCCGGACCAUCGCCGGGUUUCGACUCGCCAGAGCCGCUGAACGUUAAUGUGCAAAUUGCCCGAACAACGGGCGAGAUCAUGUCGUCGUUAUAUAGUAGAGGUGCUUUGUCGCAGGCCGAUCUGGUCAGGAAGAUGCGUAAUCUUCUGCAAUCGCUCCAUGACACCGGCCGAUCUAUUCCGGCCAACCUUGCCAUUGACUUCAGUAACAAGCAGUUCGAGGUUACCAGAGCAGGUGCAUCACUCUAUUUGAGGCUAUUCCAGGCAAUCAUCCUUUGCAUCCGGCCCAUUUUGCUCCAAAAGGUCAAAGACAAGGUCCAGAAGACGGAAAAACAAGGGUCGGUGUCGUCUGCCAUCUCUCAGCUCUGCCUGCUCUGCAACGAAUCGGCGUUGAGGAUCAUUCGGAUCCUCAUGGCCAUGCAGAGGCAGGAGGAAAUCGCGCCUUUCGCCUUCUUCGACCUAGACGCGGCCUUCGCGGCCGCCUUCGUCCUGAUCAUGCGCGGCUUCGCCCACAAGAAUGACAGCCAGAAGCCGCCGCCGCAGGAGCUGUUCCAGGCCAUCGAGUUCAUGGAGUACCUGUCCCAGGCCGGCAACAACGCGGCGGCGCAGCGGCUCAAGGACGUCCGGCAGUUCUCGGCCCACGUGUGGGUCAACGUGGUGGCGUUCGACAAGGACCACGACGUGCAGAUGGGAGAAUCCGGGGAAGAAGCCGGCGGGGUGCCCCAUGCGGGGAACACCCCCGGGUCCGUGUUGCCGGGGCAGUCGGGCCAGCAGCCUUCGGCGUCCCAGAUGCCCCUGACGACGCCGACGCCGAGCUCCUCGGUCCCGUCGUGGGAGGGCGAGAUGUUUGGGGGCCCGGACGCAGAUACCUACGGCGCGGAUACGCUGUUCGGCUUGAACCUGGACGAGAACCUCGAGCAGGCGUUUGGGCUGGAGGCCGCCGAGGGCAUCUACAACAGUUUCAACGAUCCCACGCUCCCCCUCACCGGAGUCGAUCAGCUGGACUGGGCCGAGUUGGAGAAGAUGAUGGCCCCGGGAGGUUACGGGUCAUAGUAGCAAUAGUAGCAAUUGAUGUUGGAUGACAAAUAAAGCUAUU